AUGGCUAGGGAUAUUGCUUUUAGAGGACGCCUCACUAAAGAUCCUUAUAAGCACUUGAGAUAUUUUCUUGAAAUUUGUGGAACAGUUAAGAUUAAUGGAGUGACGAAUGAUGCAAUUAGACUAAGAUUAUUUCCUUUUUCUUUAAAAGAUAGGGCUAAGGAUUGGCUAGAGACCAUUCCAUCAGAAAGCAUAACCACUUGGGAGGAGCUAGCUCAAGCAUUCUUGAAUAAAUAUUUUCCUCCUACCAAGUCUUCUAAAUUGAGGAAGCUCGACAUUGGAAAGUUAAAACCAACUAAAAUUUUCUUUCAAUUAGCAAAUCGAUCUUAUGCUCAUCCUUAUGGUAUUGUGGAGGAUGUGUUGGUUAAAGUAGACAAGUUCAUAUUUUCGGUGGAUUUUGUGGUACUUAACAUGGAAGAAGAUGCCAAUAUUCCAAUAAGCCUUGGAAGGCCAUUCUCGGCCAGUAGGGCACUCAUUGAUGUACAAGAUGGUAUGCUAACUUUUAGAUUGAAUGACACAGAGGUAAAAUUUGAUCAAUAUAAAACUCUUAGGCAUGCAAAUAUUGAGGUCAAUGAUGAGCUUCAUGAGACAAGUAAGUGUGUUAAUACUUCCCCUUCUUCUAGUAAAUGUUUUAUGAUUGUGGAUGCGUCUUCUAAGUGUUAG